AUGAACAAAGGGCCUGAAGACGGAUGGGAGAUUGUGGAUGGCAGGUACAAACUUGAACUUGGUAUGAGUGAUCGCGAUUCUGAAUUUGACGGGGUCAAAUGUGAAUCGGGGAAAAGCGAAUGGGAGGAUAGUGUGGAAGGGGAGCUUAGUAGUUUUGAGUUGGCAAGUCGGGAGGAAGGAGAAUGCACGG